AUGGGAGGAAUGUAUUCACCAGAUGUAGAUAUUAUGGAAGCUCUCAAUGAUACCACAUCUCAUUCCUGGAGGGUACUGAGACUCUCUGUGGCAUCACCAGAAAACUUCACUCUUAUCCCCGCCCCUCUGAUGAAGUAUCGUGCUCCAUAUGCUGUCUGUCAGUACCCUGGACCUAUAGGUUGUUCAGAUGACCCUCCCUCACCUGGCCAAAAGAUGACUCGUACAUGGACAGGUGACACAGCAGUUUCCACAACAGCUCAGUAUACAUGUUCACGUGGAUACUUCGUGGAAGGAUGUGCUGGAGAGCCGAUAGUAGCUAACGCCUCAACAGCAUGGAGCAACACAGUGAUAUGGAAGGAAGGCAUGACGCUAGUGUUUACUUGUGUUGACGGUUACAUCACGGACCCUGACAACACCACGGGAGUCCUGACCUGCAACACUACUGGCUGGACAACACGCGACGAAUGUUACGAAGCUUGUGCUCAGGAACCAACGAUAGCAAAUGCCACAACAGUAUGGGUAAACACAGAGACAUGGACAGAAGGCAUGACUGUGUUAUUUACGUGUAUUGAGAGUUUCCUUACUGACGCUGGUAGUAACACUGGAGUCAUCAAUUGUAGCUUGACAGGUUGGAGAACAGAUGACGUCUGCUACAAAGUGUGCGUCGCUGAACCAGUAGUAACAAAUGCUGUAGUGAAUUGGACAAACACGGUGAUGUGGAAAGUGGGUAUGACUGUGACCUUUACGUGUGUUGAGGGUUACAUUAUUGAGGUGGAAAACAACACAGGGGUCGUCACUUGUACUGAGACAGGCUGGACUACACCUGACCUCUGUUACGAAGUGUGUCUAGGAAACCCUCCCAGAGUCCCCAGCUUUACCUACAGAUCAUGGGAGAAUUAUGACAGAAGAGCUGGAACACAGGUAGUGUACACGUGUCUACAGAAUUUACUGAUGGGGAACAUGGAGCAGACAUACGUGGUGACCUGCAAGGAAGAUGGUAACUGGACUACUGCUGACCCAGACAUCCUGCAGUGUAGAAGUCCCGCCCCCGCGCCCCCACCACCCACACCGUAUGGCGCCACACUGGAGAGUAAAGACGCCAACUUCUGGGUUCACUCUAUUAUAAAUUACACUUGUAGAGAAGACCAGAUGUCCCCAACAGGUGUCAGGUACUUCAUCAUCGAGUGUAGACCCAUUGGCUGGACAUUACUGGACCCCGAAUUUGCUUGUCACAAUAGUACGUGA